AUGGAGGAGGUGGAAUGGAUGCAAAGACGGCCCAAUCCGGAAGACCUAAGGGUUGGGCUCAUCAGCUGGGCAGGAUCCUACCUCACUUAUGAGCCAUAUAAGAAUAUGGUCACUACUACUGCAAAAGGUUUGGGCCGGAGACAGACCUGGGAGCUUCUGGUCAGCAAUGAGCAUGAGACACAGGCUGUGGUACGGCUAAGGAGCUUGCAGGGCCUCUACCUUCUGUGUGAGGCAGAUGGCUCUCUGCGCUAUGACCGGCCAAGGACAAGCCACCACGGAUGCUUCCUACUCCGUUUCCACCGCAAUGGCAAGUGGACCCUCCAGUGCAUAAUCAGUGGUCGUUAUCUGGAGUCCGAUGGCCACGAUGUGUUCUGCAACUCCCGGGUCCUCUCAGCUUACCAUAUGUGGACCCCCCGGCCAGCCCUGCAUGCCCACGUGAUCCUCUACAGCCCCUUCAACCACUGCUAUGCCAGGGCCGACUCUACUGCGGGUCGUGUCUGGGUGGACGCACCAGUUCCCUGCCUGGGAGAAUGUGGAUUCCUGUUGCAUUUCCAAGAUGGAUGCUACCACCUGGAGACAUCUACACACUGUUUCUUGUCCCACUUAGACCAACUGGUCUCCCAACCCUCAUCACAGACUGCUUUUCACAUGCAAGUGCGGCCUGGAGGAGUCGUGGCACUGAGUGACGGAGAAGGGGGCAUGUUGUAUGCACAGGGCCCACGCCUGCUCCUGGGCCUGGGCUCCAAUCCCCGGAGGGGCGAGGAGUGGUUCAUCCUACAGCAUUGCCCCACCUGGGUCAGCCUCAGGGCAAGGACUCGGAAGUUCCUCUCUGUCGUCUAUGAUGAGGAGGUAUAUGCUGCCUCUGAACACUUAACCCCAAUGUCGUUGUUCCAGUUUGAAAGUGACAAUGACAGAUCCAUUUUGCAGCUUCGUUCAGCCAAUGGUUGCUACCUAGCCCAGAGGCACCAUAGGACAGUGCUGGCGAAUGGGCACCGGCAGGAGUGUGACACCUUCUUGCGUAUGCACUGGAAUUGUGGCAGGAUCAUCCUGCAGUCUCCCAAUGGACGCUUCUUGGGCAUUGCACCCAACAGCCUGCUGAUAGCCAAUGCCACCAUUCCAGGCCCAAGUGAGGAAUUUGGGAUUCGAUUAGCCAACCGCCCCUUCCUUGCAUUGCGAGGCCGGUAUGGGUAUGUGGGCAUCUCAUCAGGACAUGACCUCAUGCAGUGCAACAUGGACCAGCCCGACUGCAUUCACCUGUUGCCCUGCCGCCAGGGCAUCUACCAUUUUCAGGCACAGGGUGGAUCCUUCUGGUCAAUAACAUCUUUCGGCACCUUUCGCCCUUGGGGAAAGUUUGCCCUCAACUUCUGUAUCGAGCUUCAGGGGAGCAACUUGCUCACAGUGCUGGCGCCCAACGGCUUCUACAUGCGAUCCGACCGAAGCGGCACCCUGUUGGCAGACAGCGAGGACAUUACCAAAGAGUGUAUUUGGGAAUUUUAG